CUGGGGGGGGGGGGAAGCUUCCAAAAAUGGUAUGGCAGAUCUAAGUAUUAUAUGAACUCCAUUCCACAAACUGAUAUAAAUGUAAUAGAAGGUGAGAUCAUUUAAUUUGUUUCAAAGGGGCUACUGGACAUUUUGUCAUCUCCUGGUGCCUUUGGAGGACUCCAGACGAACAGUGGGACCAGUAGCCCCUCCCCUUGAUGCCCACAUAUUAAGCAUGAACAUCUGAGAAGGGAAAGGUCAUUUGUAUACAUGAGUCUUAGGACUGUGAGCAGCCAUGUGCGAUGAAGAUGAAACCACAGCUCUUGUCUGUGAUAAUGGUUCUGGCCUUUGCAAAGCUGGAUUUGCAGGAGAUGAUGCUCCACGGGCUGUUUUUCCAUCCAUCGUUGGACGACCUCGGCACCAGGGGGUAAUGGUAGGAAUGGGCCAGAAAGACAGUUAUGUCGGGGAUGAAGCGCAGAGUAAAAGAGGAAUCCUGACCCUGAAAUAUCCCAUUGAACAUGGGAUUAUCACUAACUGGGAUGACAUGGAAAAGAUUUGGCAUCACUCCUUCUACAACGAACUUCGUAUUGCCCCAGAAGAACACCCUGUGUUGCUGACAGAAGCUCCACUAAAUCCCAAGGCUAAUCGAGAAAAAAUGACUCAGAUCAUGUUUGAAACGUUCAAUGUACCAGCAAUGUAUGUAGCCAUUCAGGCAGUUCUUUCUCUAUAUGCAUCUGGCCGAACUACUGGCAUAGUUCUGGACUCUGGGGAUGGUGUCACACAUAAUGUACCUAUCUAUGAAGGUUAUGCCUUGCCACAUGCUAUCAUGAGACUGGACUUGGCUGGCAGAGAUCUCACAGACUAUCUUAUGAAAAUCCUUACAGAGAGAGGCUAUUCUUUUGUUACUACGGCGGAGCGCGAGAUUGUACGAGACAUAAAGGAAAAACUCUGCUAUGUGGCUCUGGACUUUGAGAAUGAAAUGGCUACUGCUGCUUCUUCCUCUUCCCUGGAGAAGAGCUAUGAACUCCCUGAUGGUCAAGUCAUCACUAUUGGCAAUGAACGAUUUCGAUGCCCUGAAACUCUUUUCCAGCCUUCGUUCAUAGGGAUGGAAUCUGCGGGUGUCCAUGAAACGACAUAUAACAGCAUAAUGAAAUGUGACAUUGACAUCCGCAAGGAUCUUUAUGCUAACAAUGUGCUCUCUGGAGGAACCACCAUGUACCCUGGCAUUGGGGACCGCAUGCAGAAGGAGAUUACAGCUUUGGCUCCCAGUACUAUGAAGAUUAAGAUGAUUGCACCUCCAGAACGUAAAUACUCAGUCUGGAUUGGGGGCUCCAUAUUGGCUUCUCUGUCGACCUUCCAGCAAAUGUGGAUCAGCAAAGAUGAAUAUGAAGAAGCUGGUCCCUCCAUUGUCCAUCGCAAAUGCUUUUGAAAACUGCAAUACAUUGUAAGGUAUAUCUGAUGAUGUCUCUUCAGUUUUUCUUUAGGAAGAAUUGGAUGCAUUAAGCUUUCUCCACUGCUUAUUCUGAAAGCAAAUUAGAAGGUUAUGUUGACUUGAAUAUAUGUAGUCAUUUCUGGAAUAUAUGUAGUCAUUCAGGAGGGCCUGGCAUGCUAUGGUCCAUGAGAUCAUGAAGAGUCAGACACGACUUAACGACUAAGCAACAAUAGUCAUUUCUGGACACCUGCAAUAUGCCUCAGAUUCUCCAUUCAAAUGACAGGGGCCUUCAGCAUUUACAGCAACCAAAGCAUGCAGUUUAGUAAUUUUUCAAGGAUUUUGUUUUGUUUUGUUAACAUCCACAUGGAAAUUCCAAAUAUUGUUGAAGAGUGGAUAUCAUAUGUCACCAUCCAUAAUAGAAGGGAAAAUACACAAAAAUAGUAGCAAAAUUGAAAUAAGAUGUUUAAUGUGAUAUAUAAGAUCCAAGGGAUUCUGUUUGACAACUCAUUUUGUGUUUUUUUUUCAAAAACCCUAUGACUAAAGCAGAAUUUUUGUGACCUUUCCUUGGCCAAGUGAAAUCUCUGUGUAGAGAUUUUGAUUAAGUUUGUCUUCGCUAAAGCCAGAAUUCUAACUAUUUCAUCACAGCCUAUUUUUUGGCCUUUCAAUUUAUAUUGAAAGUAAUGAAUAAAGCAUUUGCUAUUGAAGAUA